CGAGCUAUCUGAUAAGGUGUGGGUUGGCAAUCGGAACAGAACAAAACAGCACGUGCCGCGGUGAUUUGUAGAGAUUUUUAAUACACUUUCGCUUACCUUACAGCACGGAUUAUGAUACAUUUUGUUCACGUUUCCAAACGGAAUACGCACAACACACGACUUGCCGCGAAAAUAAAAGAAUGUCAGCACAAGAGCUACUCUAUUCUCCUAAAGUAGAAAGAUUUGCCUAACGUCUGGAGGCAGGUUCGCCUUAAGGGUGAGAAGAAGAUAUGAGCUUGACGUGACCUUGAUGGGCGAGACUCGACGCUCAUGGAGUCUAAUGGUCACGACGUCAACGCCUCCUACCACGAUGACGCUGUCUCGUCGGCGUCCGGACUCAUGCUGUUCAGCCAGUGGUUCUCCAGCGUGCACGGCUACGCCAGCGUCAUCGUGUCCAUCUUCGGGGUGUUCACCAACAUCUUCAACAUCACCAUCCUCUCGCGCAGGGACAUGCGCACGCCGACCAACAUCCUCCUCACGUGUCUGGCGGUAUCGGACAUUCUGACGAUGGUCCCGUACAUUCCGUUCGCCAUCCACUUCUACUGUCCGCCGGCGUCGCCCUUCGAGACGCCGUGGAAGUUCACCUACUCGUGGAUCAUGUACAUGCUGUUCAUGGUGAACAUCACCGCCACCACUCACACCAUCUCCAUCUGGUUAGGGGUGUCCCUGGCCGUGUUCCGGUUCGUCCAGAUGCGCUCCACCAGCAGGGGACCCCUCGCCAAAGAGCGGAGGAUCAACCAGGCCAAGGUCAUAUCGCUCAUCGUCUGCGUCGUGUCCUCGCUGGUCCUCAUACCCAACUACAUGACGAACGAGCUCGAGGUGCACACGCUGCCGGACAACACGACGUACUAUGUGAUCAAGGACCUCAAACUGGCCACCAACGAGACCAAGGAGGUGGUGCUCAUUAACGUCGUCACUUACGCUGUGAUCGCCAAAGUCGUGCCCUGUUUUCUGAUGAUCGUCUUCAGUGGCUCCUUAGUCUACACUCUGUCCUUGAAAGGGCGCAGCAGACGCAGGAGGCUCGCCAACACCGGGAAGAAGUCCAAGAAGGAUUCGCGGCAGACAACUACGACCAGGAUGUUGUUGGUCGUCAUUGUGUUGUUCCUCCUCACGGAGUUCCCACAAGGUGUGUUGAUUCUGGCCAGUGCGUCCAUCCCGGGAUUUUACCUGAAUGUUUACUGGCCGCUGGGCGACCUCAUGGACUUCGUGGCGCUGGUCAACAAUGCCAUCAAUUUUGUCCUGUACUGUAUCAUGAGUCAGCAGUUCAGAGCGAGAUUCUUCGAGAUGUACCUGCGCAGGACGGUGACGUUGAAACCCCUCGAGGAAAGCAUGACGACAGAGCGGAUGUAUUUGAAAGAACCAGCGACCAAAAUGACUUCCACAGGGUGAUAAUAAUCAAGAGUGUAUAAAAUAUUACCAAUAUUUA